GGAUUUGUAUAGCGUUCAAAAAUGACGCUGAAAUCGAUUCUUCGGUAUCCUCGAAUCGGAGGGAACGUCUUUGUCGAAACUCGGAAGGGAUGGCGAGAUUCAGUUCUGGGGGCCCCACGUCGACUUCUGGUUUCUCUGGGCAGUUUCUCGAGAACCGCAUCACCAUGCCCGGCGAAAGAAGAUCUACCAAAGCUCCCGGUACCGGACCUCGAAUCGACCAUGCAAAAAUAUCUGGCUCAGGUCGAAGUAAUAGCCCCAAGCUAUUUGGAGAGGACCCAAGUUCUCGUGAAAAAUUUUCUGGCUGGUCCUGGGCCUAAACUUCAACAACGUUUGCUGCAACGGAGAGAACAAACGAUAAACUGGGCAACGGAUUGGUGGCUCAAGGACAUGUAUUUAUCGGUACCUCUUCCUUUGCCAAUCAACAGUAAUCCCGGUUUCGUUUUGGAGCCAAAGAAAUUUUCAAAUCAGUACGAAGCGGCUAGUUUUUUGUCAAAAUUUGUAAACGGACUUUUCGAUUACCAGGAACAAGCGGACAGGGGUGAGUUAGAAGUGGAGCGUUCAAGAUCUACGAACGGGAAGUUAGGGGCACCGAUGUGUAUGGCGCAACAAUACAAACUCUUCAGCAAAUAUAGACGUCCGGGACGUGAAUUGGAUCAGCAAUUGGUGUUGGACAGAGCGUCGUCCGGGAACCACAUAAUCGUAGUCAAUCAUAACCAGUUCUACAGCAUUCCGGUAAGAGCGUCGGACAGAGGCCGUUUAACGGAGGCCGAAUUGACUCAACAAAUUUUAAAGAUAAUGGAGAUACCAGCUGACCCGAGGACGCCACCUGUUGGAGUCCUAACAGCGGCGACGAGGCCUCUUUGGGCUGCGGCAAGGGAGGAAUUGGUCAAAAACGAACAGAAUAGACACAAUUUGGAACUUCUCGAACGGUGCUUGUGCAUCGUGUGUCUCGACGACGAUGUACUUCCGACUACGUUCAACGAUCCGAUCGGUAAAAGCCGAGAUGUUGGUCAUUGGAUCGGGGACAGAGAUGAAACGAAUCUGUUCCAUCACGCGCUACACGGCGGAGGAUCGAGGCAUCUGGGUGCUAAUAGGUGGUACGAUAAAACCCUUCAACUAUUUCUUGGAAAGGAUGGAACGUGGGGCAUAAAUUACGAACAUUCAGCGGGUGAAGCACCGGCAGUAUUCGGAGUAAUCGAAACCCUGGAGAACCAGGUGGCCAGUAUGUCGCCCACGGAGCAAAGCAGCAUUCUGUGCCACCUCCCUUCGCCGGAAAAAUUGGAAUGGUCAUUAUCCGAGCAGAGCUUGAACGACAUUAGAGACGCGAUGACAUCGUUCGAUGCAAUGGUCGAAGAUCUUGACCUCUGCGUGUUCCGUUUCACCGACUACAACAGGGACUUUAUAAAAUCAUGCAAAGUCAGCCCGGACGUCUACGUCCAACUCGUUCUUCAACUGACAUAUUUCAGACUCCACGGUACCUCGGUGGCAACGUACGAGAGCGCUGGUCUCAGGAGGUUCGCGUUGGGGAGGGUUGAUUGCAUCCGAUCGGCCAGCGUCGAGGCAUUGGAAUGGGCGAAAGCGAUGUGCCAGGGCGACCCCGGUAGCCAACCCCCCUCGUCCGCCGCCCAACAGGAAGAAGGCGCCAAAAGAGUACAGUUCACCAUUUACAGUGACCAACAGAUACGUCAUCUGUUCGAUCUGGCCGUGAAACGACAGACGAAAGAAAUGAACGAUAAUAUAGCCGGAAACGGAAUCGACAAUCACCUGAUGGGAUUACGCGAAGCAGCCAAGGAAGCCGGCGAACCGGUUCCAGAAAUAUUUACCGACGAAGCGUACCGAAUAGUCAAUCGUUUUGCGCUGUCGACUUCGCAGAUAACGACGGUGAACGACGUUAUCGCGGGAUACGGACCUGUCGUUCCUGAGGGAUACGGGUGCGCUUACAACUUCCGUAAAAAUGGUUUAACUUUUUAUAUUUCUGCCUUUCACAGCGACGGUCGUACCAGUACAUCUAGAUUCGCUCACGCACUUGAAUGUAGCCUUCGUGCCACAGCUGCGAUGUUUCAGGACUCUACCCAGAAGUGAGUUCUUAACUAAUUAUAAGAGAGAGAGGACGAAAAAAUACGGUACAGUCCAUUUACGGCGCGAAAAACUCUCUGCAGUUGAGUAUUUAAAUGCGGUAUAAUAUGAGCCAUCAGCUGUAAGAGAAAAAAGUUCGAUUAGAUUAUCAUUUUUGCAACGUUAUGUCAUAUCGGACAAAGGAAUGCGAUUAUUUGUGCAGAUUGUUUAUAAAAAGGUAUUCUAGUCCUUCGAAUUUCGAGGAUUAGUCGUCGGUUCAAAAUUAACUCUAUCAUUCCAUAUCAUUUUGCGGGCAUCGCACUGCAAUUCCGAUUGACGAUGCUGCGGUGCAUCGGCGCAAUGAAAUCGUACUUAAUUAAUAAGUGAAAAGAAAAAGCUUUAGACCAAAGUCAAUGUAACUCGAUACAUAUCAUUGAAAGUAUUUAAUCUUAAAACUGAGUAGACGUAACGCAAUAUAUACUAUACACAUAUAUUAUACAUAUUAUUUAUUGAUUAUUUGUUAAAUAUUAUAUACUUAUAUAGAAAUAUUUAUCGUUGUUGCAACAAAUAUUUACAACUUAUAUGUAUAGGUAUAUACAUAUAAAAUUACAAGUAUGAUAUAUUAUUAUUAUUAUUAUUAUUAUUAUCAUUAUUAUCAGCGAUGCAAGUUAAUGAUAGUCGCAGCGUGUAGCAGGCAAUAUAGAUCGAAUGUUAUUUUAGCUGUUGUCUAGUCUUUUAAAAAAAAAAAUUGCUGAGCUCUUGUUUGGACGACGCACGCGUCAAUAUUCUGCAAUCUCCGAUUAGAUCGUUCCUCACUCGUUGCAUAGACGCUAAAUGGGUGAACGCGAAAGUAAUUAUACAUAAGAAAGAAAAUUGAAUUAUACAUUAAAUACGUUACAGUUUUUUUUUGUUUUCAGAUUAUCUAUGUAGAUGUAAAAUAUUAUCGCGCGUGCACAAUUUAUGCGGUUGUAAAUUUGAGAGCUCGGAGAUCAUGUCGAUAUUUGCAGCAGCGUUAAGUGUUGUAGCCAAUUACAUAUCUUGAUUGGCGCCCGCACAGUAAACUCUUGUCCAAUUCUUAGGUAGGUUGGUAGAUCGAAUCUUAUCCUAGAUCACGAUCUAAGCUAACGGUAGUUACUAUUCACUCUCUCUCUCUCUCUCUCUCUCCCUCUCUCUGUCCCUCUUCCUCUCUGUCGAUCGCACUAACGUAUAAAAUAUCCUAUGCAUACAGCUACAUCCUUAAUUAAGAAAUGUAGUUAAAGUUGCAGCAGUAUUGUAUAAUAUAUUAAAGGCGAAAUGGCAGCAAGACGGACGAUAUACGAAACUGUGAAAAUUGAUUUACUUGAAGUUUAAUUUUUGUAGCAAUCGAGAUUUUUUUUUACAUUCCUGUGGGUUUUUCCAAACUUUUAAAA